AUGCAGGUUUUGCUCCUUUCAUUUCCCAUUUUUGUUACUCCGUUCCUAUUCAAUUCGGCUUCUCAAGCUCCACAAUGUUAUGAAUUAGACCUUGAAAAUUGCUUCAGGGAAGCUUUUUUGGCAGCUUUACAUCCUCCUGUUCGACGACGGAAAGAGUUAGGCUUUUUCAAAUUUAAUAACACAUCAAUAGAAAAACGACGAGGAACUAGAAAUUUCUUUCUUUGCCACGAUGUACGACGGAUUUCCCUUUGCUUUCAUUAUCCAGGUUGUAGCGAUCAAAUGGCAGCUUCGGUGGCCGCCGUUCAAUAUCAUAUGGUUUUUGGAAAAAAGUUACCCAUGCAAGUCUUUCUAGCUUACAGAGGAUUUGGAAAACAAGUUUGUGAUCAAACAUGCUCACGAGACACAGUCUUCAUAUGUCGUCGUUCAAUGACAAAGGAUGAACAAGAUGAAGAGCAGAAUGCUGUUAUGGAAUUAAAUUCAUUAUCAUCCCAUAUAACACCGGAGAAAGAUAAUAUAGGAACAUGUCAACGAUUCCGACGAGCUUUAGCAAAGGUAUUGAGGUCUCGUCUGGAAAACUGUGUUGAUGCAGCUCAUUGUACCUGUGAAGAUUCAGUCUUCUAUAAUGCAGUCAAUCUUUGUUCAAUCAACUGUGAAUCUGUGUUACAACAAGAGCAGAUAGCCUUAGUUAACAAUGGAUAUGAGCAAUCAUUGAUAUCCAUAUUAUUAAUAUUUUCAUAUACUAUUAUUUAUAUUUAA